AUGCAUAGUUGUUUAACACUUGUGGAUUAUACAUGGAAAGAUAGUGAAGAAAGUGGGACAUCUUCACCAAGAUAUCCAAAUUAUGAUCAUAUUUAUCGUCUUCGACGUACAGCUAGAUCAUUGGACGGCGGGGAUACAGUCAAUUGUUUAUUGAAUAAUCAAGAUGAUCAAAUGACCUCAUCAAGUGAAUCUAGUAGACAGUAUCAAAGAUACCUGAAUGAUCGAUUAAAUCAUUCAAUUGGAAAGAUUACAAAACAAAAUCAACAUCGUCAUCAUAGUUCUAUGCUGUUGUUGAAUACACGUAGACUACCAAUCUAUGCUACAUCGAAACGUUUAAGUAAAGGACCAGAUCGUGUAUGGGUACCAGUUGGACAUUGUAGAUAUCUAUUAGAACGUGAUUUACGUACUGGUGAAAUUAAAUGGAGUCCUGAGGGGAAUGAAAUUCUCUGUACACCGAGAAGUUUAGCUGAAAUCUGCAUGGCACGCUUAAUUCGUGAUUGGCCGUGUAUGCUACCUCCACGACGUUCAUCACUACGUAAUAUGGUCAGUUUUUUAUUCAGCUCUCGUGAUAUACAAUCGAAUUCAUCAAGAAAUAUGCCAUUAAAUGAAACCUCACCACCACCAACAUCAACACCACCGUCAUCGUCGACAUCGUCAGGUGUAAGACGAUCUGCAAGUGUAUCAUCAGGUCGUUAUACGUAUAAAAAUGAUAAAUUUAAGUCUAAGGAUGCAAAAAUUGACGAAAAAGACUGUCAAACAGAUAACAAUAAAAGAAAUGCCGUGAAAUUGAUCGAUACAACCCCUUUAACAUGUAAUGAUCUACCUGUUACUGUGUUAAUUAGCCUCAUAUCUGAAGCUAUCCUACAAAGAGACUGUGCUGCAAUCACUGGGCUAGUUGCUAAUUGGCCUGCAGAAAGCCUAAUCGUCAAACAGUUAAUCCCAGCUGAAGAAUAUCCAUUGAUACCAAAUUAUAUGACUAAGCCAACAUUUGUACUUGUCAGUUCAGAGAAUGAAAUGCUCAGCCGCAAUGCCCUGGUCAAAGGACCCAGUCUACUAGAUGCUUUCAUAUUAGGCAUGUUAACUAGACAACCGAAAUGUAAAUUGAAAUCUAUUGAUUUCACUGGAUUUGAAGAAGAUUGUCGUGUAAGUAUUGAACUAUCUCGUCUACCAAUUUUAUGGAUGAAACCAGAGAAUCGUAAUUCAGAAAGUGUACGUAAACACCUAAUGGCUAGUUUGCAUAUUGGUAUACCGAAAAGACGUCUUGAAGCAUAUUUUUCUAGAAUAUCAACUAUAUAUGCCUAUCAUGAAGCAGAUAUUGGACAUGGUGAACAAUUUGAAACUGUUACAAUCCAUUUAGACUGUAAUAUGACAGUGGAUGAAGUUGCACUUGGUUUAUCCCUACAAACUUUGACUCCAUUUCGAUUUUCAUGUAAUCGUUUAUUAUUACAGCGAUUACCAGAAAUUAAUUUUCCACCGUAUAGUUUAAUCAGAUUAUUUGAUCCAUUGUCAAUUACACAGUUCGAACUAGAAGAUCCUACAAUCGGAAGUAGUAUAGCUGUUGUCCUACCAUCUGCAGUUGGUUGGUUAAUUAGUUUACGUAAUUUACGAGCAUGUUCAUUACCAUCGUGUAUCCCACCUCCACCGGAUGUUAUACCGACUACACCGAAUUCAACAUCAACAUCAACACUUAUCUCAACUUCACAUAUUGGCAGUGUACAGUCUCCUUCAAAUCUUUCUUCUUCUUCUCCACAGUCUAAUGCCGGUUCAUCAUCAUCGCCAUCCCCUUCGUCAUCGUCGAAUGUUAUCAACAGCUCUGGAAGUAGUAGCAGUCAAAGUUCUCCGACGGUAAACAACACAACGAACAGUAGUCAUCCAUUACAAAACUUUACAACUCCAGCAUUCACAUCAACCGUGGCUGCUUGUCGUCUGUUGAAUAGAGCACUUGUAUCAUUAAGAUAUUUACAAAGACUUGGAUUAGCUAGGUGUCAUUUAACUGGACAAUUGAAAACUCUUCUAGGCGGAUUAAGUCAACCACUGGAAUAUUUAAAUUUACAGGAUUGCUGUCUUGCUUCUGAAGAUAUUCAUUAUCUGGUACAUCAAUGGCGUCCAUUGCAUGGUUUAUAUGAAUUAAAUCUAUCACGUAAUAAUUUAUCAGUUGUACCAGAAGAGACAUUAUAUGAACUUGUACAGAAUGUUUGUCUUAAACCAAGAGGUCGUUUAGUCUGUUUAUCUAUCGCAUAUACAUGUUUAUCAACUGAAAGAAUAAUUAAUUUACUCAGUUUAAUGGCUGGAAUGGAUCCAUCACAGAAUUUAAAUGAAAAUGAUGAAGGUGAUACUGAUGAUACUACUGCCUCAAAUAAUAUUGAUAAAUGGAUUGAUAAAACAUGUACACUACGUGUUCUAUGCAUUCAAUCGUUUAUUCCACCGGCAAGAUCACAAAUCCAUCGAAUAUUAUAUAGAAUAACACGAUUACCAAAAUUACACAAACUAUACAUCUUUCCAGCAUUUUAUGCAUUUCCUGGUGAUACAGAAAUUGAACAACGUGAACUCCGCAUGAAUCAACUGAUGCAUAGUCGUAAUUAUCUUCGGCAACGAUGUCGAUCAGAUAUUGACAUACUGUAA